AGUCUGUGCCACUCCCGGCAAAAUGACAAAUGACAUGUUGUUUGUUUUGAUUAAAAUUUGAGAAAAUUUUACCAGUCAAAAAUCUAGAUAAAAUGCUUUCUUCAACAGUUCUGCGGCACGUAAGCCAUUCACGAAAUACUGCGAAACUAUUUGUACCUAGAAAUAGUCAAGUCCGAACUUUCUGGGAAUAUGUGAACAUGAUGUUUAAUAAACCAGAUCCCAAGCGUAUAGAACAAGUUGGUCCGGAUAGAGCGUGUGCAGAGUGGGUUUUGAGAAAUGGUGGCAAAGUGGUUUGGGCAAACGGCAAUACUCUUGCAGACUACAAUGCCUUGCCACCUGAAGAUCAGGGAGUGCCUAAACUGUUGGAAAUAGAUGGAACAGAUUCAUCUAUUUCACACUAUGGGUUUUCGCAUUUAAGUGGAUGCGAUCUCUUGCAAAAAAUUAUUCUCCACAAUGACAACUAUAUUGAUGAUAGAGCUAUGCAAGGUCUGUCACAUGGCAAAGACACACUACUGCAUGUUCAAGUGUCUAAAUGUCCCAGUGUCACUGAUAUUGGGUUGAAGGAGAUAAAAGUGCUUGGCAAGCUGCAGUCUUUGGUGCUAUUUGAUUUGAUUAGUGUUUCUAAUCUUGAAGAAUGCAAGAAUUAUUUAAAAUCUCAGCUACCCAAAUGCAAUAUAAAAGGUAACCCAGAAAUAAAAGAACCAGUCUGAGGUACAACAUUUAUUCAAUUUUUAUAUGAAAAAUAUGUCAACAACUUUCGAGUUCUAUUAAUUUAAUUAAUAAUAUUUAUUCUA